UCUCAAUGAAAGUCCGGGAGAGGCUCCAGAUGCCGCUGUGGCCAAAUGCCCUACAGUCUUGACCGUGGCGACUUGUCCACGGUGAAUUGAUUAGGUUGGUGGGGUAGCAUCGCAAAGGUUCAUAAAGACCUCAGGCCCCGUCGCUCCCAUCAACAGUCCUCCUAAACUCUCUUCCCCCCUUCUACACCUCUUCUCUCCUCUCCCCCUGUCCAGGAUUUCUCUCUCCCCUUCCUCCCUACAACCCUUCGCUCUCCAAGAUGGUUGACCACGCCUACUGGAAUGAUCCCGAGAUCACGGCCAAGUGCACGCAAGUGGCCCAAACUAUCAGCUGGCUCUUCGCUGGUGCCACCCUCUAUGACUUCGUCCUUCAAGCGCCGUUCGACUGGUCCAUCCUGACGGGCAAGCGCCAGCGACGUUGGCCGCAACUGGCUUUCUUCGGUUGCAAGAUCCUCUUCAUUGCCUACAUGGUCAUCAACUUCGUCGUCGUCUUCGGCACCAAGAAGAUGAACUGCCAGGCUGCUUUUGACGUCCUCGAAUUCCUCAUGGGGGCCGUCGUCAUCAGCUGCAGCCUUCUCCUUGCUUGCCGAACGGUGUGCGUGUACAAUGGAACCGCUCGCACCGUCGUGACGACAAUUAUUUGUGUCUUCGCUGCAGGCCUCGUUGCCGCUUGGAUGGAGGGCGUAACGGCCAUCCAAGGACAGUGGACUCCCGGCGCGUCAUCAUGGGGAGAGGGUGCCUGCGCAUGGGCUGGCGUCAAAUCCACCUACUGGGUCAAAUAUGUCAUCACAAUUGUUUUCGACUUUGUCGUCCUCGUUCUUACCACGGUUGGCAUCGUGCGCAUGAGUGGCGGCUCGCGCAUCGGUGAAAUCCUCAUUCGACACGGCCUUAUCUACUUUGUCCUGACGCUACUCGCCAACCUCGUCGUUACCAUCCUUACCGCGCUUCAGCUUUCGCCCACAAUGUCGCUCUCGAUGGCCGUCCCUCAAUCGUCUAUCUGCACAAUUGCCAGCACUCGUCUCUAUGUCAUGCUCGCUGAGGAGGCUACCCCUAGGACCAAUUCGGGCGUCACGUCGUCCCAGCUCUCGAGCGGCACGGGCAACAAGAUUGCCAGCUUCUUCCGGAGCGGCAACACCUCCUCGCCAACCUCGGGCAACUUUUCGACCAAGCGCAAGUCCGGCGUCAUUGACCUCGGCGCUACGAACAUGAAGCUGGGAAGCGACCACCGCUCGCCCAACUCUGCGACGUCAAGCGAGGAUCUCGAGAAGAGCCAGACGCUGAGCCAGAACACGGUCCACAUUGAGCAGUCGCGUCGUGUCGAUGUCGAUGUCUUGCCGAACCACCUCGUUGGCCAUCCCUUCCAGAGUGGCGCCAGCCUUCCUCAGACAUCGAGUGACAUCAACAACGGUAGUCGGAACGGCAGCAGCGCUGGUAGCUCCAAUGCGAGUGACCACCACGCAGACGACGACGUCGAGGCUUCUGCCGCCCAUCGCCGGGGCCAGCACUCGCAGUCUACCAAUGGCGCCGACCACGCCCAGCUCAUGGCAGCUUACCCUCGCCUCCUCGCCAACUCCCGCAAGCCUCCUCAGUAGAUGAAAGCGAGUGAGAAUCAGAGAAGGGCAAUUGUAUCAUAUUUCUUCACCUCCCCCGCUCUCCCCCCUUCCCACGUACGUUUCUUUUCCUUUUCCGCUCGUCCUCGCCUUACAUCAUCAUAGUGUACAUACCACUUUGCGUACCUCCAACCUUUCUCUCCUUGAAGAUCAAGAAAGUUAUGCAAUCCAAGACACAUCGAAAGACAAAA